AUGGCUGGUUUUGGAUUUAUUGGUAAAAACAGUGAUGGUGGUUGUGUGGGUGCAAUGUCAGGGGGGUUGGGUAUAGCUACUAACUAUGUGGCAGAAUUUAUGGCAUUAGUAGUGGCAGGUGAAUGGGCAAUACAAAGACAAUUCCUGAAUGUAUGCUUCGGUGUAGAUUCAAGAGCAAUAUUAACAGCUUUUGCAGGUGGAAAAAUACCUUGGAUUGUAUUGAAUAGAUGGAAGAAAGUAGUUGGAAAUCUGAGAAAUACUUCAUUCAUACAUUCAUACAGGGAAGUUAACUUUUCACCUGAUAAAUUGGCUAAAAGAGGAGCUAAUCUUAAUAAGGGGGAGGUUGUUGUUUAUAUGUGA